GAGGCCUGGCGGGCGUGCGGUAUCCUGCCAGAGUGUGCCGUGGUCUUGAAGGCGUCGGACGGCAGGUACUACCUGCGCAGGACGACCGACCCGGAGAUUGCCGCGGGAGAGUCCGCGACAUAUUCUUGCAAGACGUCCCCGCCAUCGACGACAACGGUCAGCGAAACGACGGUGACACGCACACUGGUGAAGCACAUCAAGGUUACAGAGGACCUGCACACAUUCAAGAUUGAUCACUUGGAGUACGAGAUGCUCCUCGAGAAUCCAGAUUUGUACGCGGAGACGCUGGAGGAGAUCAAAAAGUCCGUCAGGAAUACGGUGUGUCUCCUGACGCGGUGGAGAUCGAAUUAACGUCCAGAUAAGCGUGGCAUUUGUUUGCGGCGCGGUGGCGGAUUUUCGCGAGCCUGGCGCAGCUGGUCCCUCGCCGUGGAGCAGACGGUUCUUGGGGAAGCCGUGCGCCGCACUGGGCCUCCCGGGGCCCUCCUGCGCCGGAGCCUGGAACAUCUGCGCUGCCAUGAAAUUUCCUGUGGUCGAGCUCCUACUGCAGGGUCACUCUUGCGCGUAGCCGACAAUUGCCGCGCUCUUCUCUGCAUGCCUGUCUUUUCCUGGCGAGUGCUGAAGCGUGGCCCCCAGUGAGAAUUGCCACCACCCGCGCGGCAGGCCAAGCCAGCGGCGCAGCAUCGGCGUUGGCAGCGUCGGGCAUCUUCGCCUCCCUCGCCCUCCCGCC